UUGUGCUCAUACAAUGUUUCAAUGUAUCAUACAUUUUACAUUUCAUAUGUCUUCCUUUCUCUAUUUUCUAUUUGACCUCAUUAUCUUGUUUUUGAUUACUUCUAUCCAUUGAUACUAGAAUUACGUAUAUGCUACUCGAAAAGGCGUUUAACGUAUUUUUUGAUUGAAUCAGAGAUGUUUUAGUGUCUCCUUUAGAAUCCUCCACAGACAGCAGCCUCUACCCUGUCUGUCCACUGGGCCUGUUCCCCUGUGGAAACCUGUCUGUGUGCCUGCCCCAGCUUUACCACUGCAAUGGGGUCCAGGACUGUACUAACGGAGCUGAUGAGGAAAACUGCGUGGAUAACAGCGGGUGGCCACAUCUUUUUGAUGCCUUUAUGAAGAAAAAUGUUGAAGAUUCCAAGGAAUGCAUACUGGACGUGUUCCCGGAGGUAUGUUUCUGUGAGGGCAGGAGAAUAAACUGUAACAAAAAGGGUCUACUCAGCAUCCCAGCUGUGUCGUCCAAUAUAACAGCUCUUGAGCUGAACAGCAACCAGAUAACUGCUCUCCAACCAGACCAGUUCAUCCGCUACAAACACCUUGAGAGACUACACCUGGAAGACAACAUGAUCAAAAGCAUCUCCAAGCAGGCAUUCUCAGGACUCUACUCACUAAGAAGACUAUUUCUCAGUCAGAAUCGGAUUACGUUGUUGAAGGCUGGCAUUUUUGAAGACCUUUGGAACCUGGAGUGGCUGAUUCUUGAUGAAAAUAGAAUAGCAUCUCUGAGACAGAAAUCGUUUGAGGGGCUGAAAUCGUUAUUUUUCCUGUCUUUGCUGAACAAUUCCCUAGAAUCCAUCCCCAAGAAAUCUGUCUGCCAGGAAAUGCCUAGAUUAAACUGGUUAGAACUGGAGGGGAACAAGAUAUCAUCUUUGUGGGUUUCCAGCUUUCAAAACUGCACCACUCUGACAGUAUUGGCUCUUCGAAAAAACAGAAUACAAACUAUUGAAGAGGGAAUAUUUUCUGGCAUGCCAAACCUGAUAGACUUGGACGUAUCUUUAAACAAAAUUGAGGAGUUCUCACCAACUAUAUUUACAAAUCUUCAAAACCUAAAACAGUUGAACAUCUCAAAUAACCCUCUGACUCAUAUCUAUGAUCAUCAGUUUGACAUGUUUGUCAAUUUGCAAUCUCUGAGUAUAGAGGAGGUCGAUAUACCAAACAUCAGUAUUCAGAUGUUUCGCUCUCUUCGGAACUUGGCCCAUAUUUAUUUUAAGAAAUUUGAAUACUGUGGCUACUCUCCUAAUGUGCGAAGUUGCAAGCCAAACACUGACGGGAUUUCAACAUUUGAGAAUCUUCUUGCGAACAUCAUCCUUCGCGUUUUUGUGUGGGUGGUGGCCUUCAUCAUCUGCUUUGGCAACGUUUUUGUGAUAUGCCUGAGGUCUUGCAUUGCAUCCGAAAAUCAGCACCACACCAUGGCCAUCAUAUCACUGUGCUGUGCUGACUGCUUGAUGGGAGUAUACCUGUUCUUCAUUGGUGCAUUCGACAUCAAAUACUGUGGAGAGUACAACAGACACGCCCAGCUGUGGAUGGAGAGCAUGCAGUGCCAGUUGAUUGGCUCUCUGGCCAUGCUGUCCACUGAGGUGUCAGUCAUGCUUCUGACCUACAUGACUAUGGAGAAGUACCUGUGCAUUGUGUUCCCCUUCCACAACUACAGAGCCGGACGGAAACAGACACUCUGCUACCUCAUCUUCAUCUGGGUCCUGGGUUUCAUAAUCGCCGUCAUUCCCCUCUGGGACAAGCAGACGUUUGGGAAUUACUACGGCAGGAAUGGAGUGUGUUUUCCACUUCACUCAGACGAGAUGGAGAAACCAGGUGCCCGAUGCUACUCCACUGGAAUAUUUCUGGGAUUGAAUCUCUUUGCAUUCGUCAUGAUCGUCUUCUCCUACACCAGCAUGUUUUACUCUGUACAGAAAACUGCUAAGACAGCAAGACAGUCCGUCUACAACAAGGAGGUCUCUAUAGCCAAGAGGUUUUUCUUCAUUGUUUUCACAGAUGCCAUGUGUUGGACACCUAUAUUCCUCCUAAAGAUCCUCUCUCUUUUACAAGUGAAAAUAGCAGGAACAAUCGUUUUAUGGGUGGUGAUCUUCAUCCUGCCCAUCAAUAGUGCCCUAAACCCCAUCCUGUACACCAUCACCACCAGCUCCUUCCAGGAGAGACUGAAACUCUGCCUGAAGGCCAAGUGCAAACAGACUGGGCUCAGGGAAACUUCCCAGAAAGUAUCUGAAGUCUACCAGAACCCCAGCCCUCCUCCUUAACAAAAAGGACCCUCUCAGUCAGGGAGCUCGCCGACCCUCCUGGGUGUGCAGGCUUUUAUUCCAGUCCUUCUGGAACACACCUGAUUCAGAUCAUCAAGAUCUUGCAGAUCAUCUGAUUAAUAGGAUCAGUGUGUUUGAGCAGGGCUUGAGCAAAGCCUGCAUACCGAGUAGCUCUCCAGGAGGUUUGGCUAUCCAUGCCCUUAUGUCAUUUGAUAUGGAGAGUGAUGUAUUCAUGUAAUCAAUCUUUACCAGCAAGAGAACAAAUUCUCUGGGAACCAAUUUAUUGCCAAAUGUUUUGUGAAUACAUAAUGUACAGUUACAGUAAACACAGAUGUGCAGAAUCAACGUAUUUUCCUGACCCAAAUUACAGUAUACCAAACAUUAGGAACACCUUCCUAAUAUUUAGUUUCACACCCUCCCCCUCCCCUUUUGCCCUCAGAACAGGUCUCUGAAAGGCAUCUACUACUAUACCCCAAUCAAAGGCGCUUUAAUCUUUAUUUGUCUUGCACAUUCACCCUCUGAAUGGCACAAAUACACAUUCCUCAUCUCAAUUGUCUCAAGGCUUAAAAAUCCUUCUUUAACCGGUCUCCUCCCCUUCAUCUACACUGAUUGAAGUGGAUUUAACAAGUGACAUCAAUAAGGGAUCAUAGCUUCCACCUAGAUUCACCUGGUCAGUCUGUCAUGGAAAGAGCCUCUGUUCUUAAAGAUUUGUACACUCAUUGCACAUGAAUUGUAGAAAUGUAUAAUU